AACCAGGAAGGGCGGGGUUCACUGCUUGCCGGGUCGGCCUUUCAGUCUGGUGGCAGCCCAGGCGGGAGAACGAAGGAACGAACGAACGAGCUAGCGAGCGGCUGGGGAGCGGCCGCCAGCAGCAACCAUCGGCAUGUUCAGCUGGCUGAAGCAAAGCGGGCGCCAAAAGCCCGGCGAAAACCACGACGUGGUGGAGACGGUGACCGGCGGUUUGAAGGAGCUUUACGCGAAGAAGCUGCUUCCGCUGGAGGAGCAUUACCGCUUUCAUGAAUUCCACUCGCCCGCCCUGGAGGAUGCAGACUUCGACAAUAAGCCCAUGGUCCUCCUCGUGGGUCAAUACAGCACCGGGAAGACCACUUUUAUCAGGUACCUCUUGGAGCAAGAUUUUCCAGGGAUGCGAAUUGGCCCUGAACCAACUACAGAUUCUUUUAUUGCUGUCAUGUAUGGAGAUACUGAAGGGAGUACUCCAGGAAACGCUCUUGUGGUGGAUCCCAAAAAGCCAUUCCGCAAACUCAGCCGUUUUGGAAAUGCGUUCUUGAAUAGGUUCAUGUGUGCUCAAUUACCCAAUCAGGUUCUGAAGAGCAUCAGCAUCAUAGAUAGCCCUGGUAUUCUUUCAGGAGAGAAGCAGCGCAUCAGUAGAGGUUACGACUUCUGUCAUGUCCUGCAGUGGUUUGCUGAGCGGGUUGAUCGUAUCAUCCUUUUAUUUGAUGCCCAUAAACUUGAUAUUUCUGAUGAAUUCUCAGAAGCAAUCAAGGCAUUCCGGGGUCAGGAUGAUAAGAUACGAGUGGUGUUGAAUAAGGCUGAUCAAGUGGACACCCAGCAGUUAAUGAGAGUAUAUGGUGCACUCAUGUGGUCCUUGGGCAAAGUAAUUAAUACUCCAGAGGUAUUGCGGGUUUAUAUUGGUUCUUUUUGGGCUCAGCCCCUGCAAAACACAGAGAACCGAAAAUUAUUUGAGGUAGAGGCACAAGAUCUGUUCCAAGACAUUCAGAACCUUCCACAAAAAGCAACAGUGAGAAAACUGAAUGAUCUGAUCAAGAGGUCACGGCUUGCAAAGGUACAUGCUUAUAUAAUCAGCUAUUUGAAAAAAGAAAUGCCUUCAGUAUUUGGAAAAGAAAACAAAAGAAAGGAAUUGAUCAACAAAUUACCUGAAAUUUAUCGUCAGCUACAGCAGGAGUAUCAGAUUUCACCAGGAGAUUUCCCUGAAGUCAAGAAAAUGCAGGAACAAUUGGAGAACUAUGACUUCACUAAAUUCCAUACGCUAAAACCAAAACUGAUAGAGGCUGUCGAUAACAUGCUGGCCAGUAAAGUGGCUUAUUUAAUGACUCUGGUUACACAGGAAGAACGCAGCAUGCCAACGCAGAAGGUUCAAGGUGGGGCGUUUGAUGGCACCACAGCGGGGCCCUUUGACCAUGGCUAUGGGGAAGGUGCCAAAGAAGGAGCUGAUGAGGAAGAAUGGAUUGUUGCCAAAGAUAAACCCACAUAUGAUGAAAUCUUUUACACUCUCUCACCGGUCAAUGGUAGAAUCUCUGGGGCCAAUGCAAAGAAAGAUAUGUUGACCUCCAAACUGCCAAACAGUGUGUUGGGGAAAAUCUGGAAACUUGCUGACUGUGAUAACGAUGGCAUGUUGGAUGAAGAGGAAUUUGCAUUAGCGAAACAUCUAAUCAAGAUAAAAUUGGAGGGAUAUGAACUGCCUAAUAGCUUGCCCAUCCAUUUGGUACCCCCAUCCCAUAGAAAAAAUAUGCGUGGAAUAGAGCGGUAAAUGAAUUGUGAAAAAGUUAAACACACAAAAUGGUGGAAACUAUUACAUAGAAAAGAACCCUUUUAAUACACUUGAAAGUACAUUAAUCUGCCAAUAUUUUCAGAUUCAUAUCAAAUGUUAAAUUUGUCCUAUAGCAAAAUCGCUUUUGCAUUUUUUUUAUAAAAAGCACACAAAGCAUAAUUGGCAAUGAGAAACUAUAAUUAGUUGGGAUAUCCAUGUAUGCACAUUUGUAUCCAUAUAAAAAUUAUUUCUGGUUUUUAAAAUAUACAUGAAUUAGAUGUGAUGUACUUUGUAAGCUACAGGAACCAGCAACAGAGCACCAAUUACUUUUAUGAUACAGAAACCCUUUUUCACAAAAAUAUUUUGUCAGAAGUGCCUUUUAAAUCUCUUUUUGCAAAUAUUAAAUGGGUAAGAAGAACUAUUUCCACUAAAUAUACAGUCACAUUGAUGAAAUGGGAUUAGGUAGGUGUAAAAUAAAUUCAGAAAUUUAAUAAAAUACAAAACCUAAGGCCUUUACAAAACUUUAAAAUAGUUAUCUUCCAAGAGCCACUGAUUUUUUUUUUCUAUUUGAAAUAUGUUUGAAAUAUUUUUGAUAUUCCAAACUCUUAUGUUUCUUAGAUUAGAUUACAUUUUUAGCCUAAAAGAAUGCAUUUCAUGCAGCUUCGUUCUUUUAAUCAAAUAUUUAAAACAUGUUUUAAUUUAAAAUUUAUGAACAAAUAAUUCACUGGGAAAAAGAAAAAAUGGUAUGCAAAAAUAAGUGUUUUAAUAAAUAUUAACUUUAUUUGAGAAAAUUGGGGAAAUAUAAGAAAUAAUUAUUUUGGUUGAUGUUUUAAUUGUAAUCAGAGUAAUUGUUGAAAUUAUCCAGAUAGCUUUUUUGUAAAUAAGAUAUAAAAUAUUAGUAUUGUAGAUUCAAAGCCAGAUUCUCCAGAAAUUCUAUAAACAGGAUAUGAAUGAAUUACAGUACCUUUCCUUGUUGUUCUCAGCAUUUGAUAUACUAUCUCAGAACAUGGAGGUUUCAUUUAACAUCAUAGCUAAAAAGUUAUGAUAAAAUUAGUGUCUUUAUAUAUUUUAUGUUUUGCCUUAUAAAGUCAUUCAAGAAGAGGCUAUCACCAAAUAUUGUAGUCAGAUCCUAAUAGGUUAGAGGUAAUUGAUUCCUUUUAAUUAGCUAUAAAUCUGUAGGGUACUUUUUGUACAAAUAUAGUUUUUAAAAAAACCCAUUCUGAAAAUUCAAUUUGCUGACCACCUAACAAUAUUCUUUGCAAUACUACCAUUCAUAAAUAAAAGUGAAUUACAUACGAGGUAGGUAAAACUGAUUUGAUAUUCUUCUCAGUGAUAUUAUUCAUUGUAAAUGUGAAAGGCAACAUUGAACAUUCUUUGGUAUUCCCAGUUUUUGAUGGGUAAUGAUCCUAGGGAUCUUGUUUGAUUCUCUUGCUUCUUCCUUUGUCCUGUCAGGUAUGAAUUUGUUCUACACAAUGAACAACUUCAGUUGAGUUGCUGCCUUGAGCUUCUGAAUGAAAGGCAGGAUAUGAAUAUGACAAAUAUGAAGUCAGGUUGGUCCAGCCAUCUCAGUCUCUUCUGCACUGAUGAGUGGUCCUUCCAAACUUAUUGCGUCAGAUCCCUUUAAGUGGAAAUGCUAACAUGAGAUCUCCUGUUUGUAAAACACAUACUUUGUUAGAAAACCAUGUUAUAGUUAGGCAUUACAUUAAGUCAUAGUAUGCUUAACCGUGGCUUACUGAGGAAAGCCCUUUUUUCUGGGUUAACUUUAUGGCUAAGUAUGAUUGGAACAGGGUAUAUUUGGAUCUUCAUGAUAAGUGCUUUGUGAGCAUUGUCAUUAAGGUGCUGUAAUCAUCUCAACUUUCUUUUUUAGUAGAUUGUUUAAUGAAAACUCCACCAAACUGUCAAUCUAGCUCCAGUUGUGUUACCAAGAUUAAUAUUCAAGUACAAACCCAUCCAUCAGGAGGAAUAGUAUAGGCCAGUGCUCGUUUUGCAAUGGUGGGGAUUUCAAGAUUUUUGAAGGAGCUGAUUUAUUGAGAAAGGGUAAUAAAGAGACACAAAUGGCCAGGAGGACCACGUUGGACUAAAGAGCCUGGUGCCUGAAGGAAUUUAUCAUCUUUCCCUCUUGUGUUAUUGAGUCUUAAGAGAUACAGUUUAUUUCAAGGAGGAAAAUCCUUAAAGGGAAACUGAAAUUCUUGUGACACUGAAAAAAGAAAUCAAGAGAUAAAAUUAUAUCUGUAAAUCACAAAUAGAAUAUAUAAUUUUAUUUAUUGC